CGUGCUAACAAGCGCCAAGUUGGAUUGAGGUUUUGCGCCCAAACAUUUUACAAUAUAAUUUGAUCAGCUGAUUUUACAGAGAAAGAACAGGUUACUUUUGAUAUAUUUUAAGGGCUACUAUGAUGAGCAAAGACGCUCAUAAAAACCACUGAAUUAGAAUGUCCAGGCACCAUUACUAUAGAACCAGACAUUAUACAACUACUGAUGAUGAGAGUGAUGAUAAUGAACAUAAAGAUCAUGACUAUGAUAUGCCAGCAGUGAGAGGAAAGAAGUACAUUAACAAGGGCAGGUGGACAAAGGAUGAAGAUGACAAAUUAAAAAAGAUUGUUGAAGCCCAUGUAGGCCAUAACUCUGAUUGGAGGACCAUAUCAGGAUAUUUUCCUGACAGAUCAGAUGUGCAAUGUCAAACUCGGUGGCAGAAGGUGCUCAAUCCAGACUUGAUCAAGGGACCCUGGACAAAAGAGGAAGAUGACAAAGUACUGCAACUAGUGAGGCAGUAUGGGCCAAAGAGGUGGACACUCAUAGCAAAGCACUUGAAAGGAAGGACUGGAAAACAGUGCAGAGAAAGGUGGCACAACCACUUAAAUCCAGACAUCAAAAAGACAGCAUGGACUGAGGAUGAGGAUAGAAUGAUCUAUCAAUUACAUAAAAAAAUGGGAAAUAGAUGGGCAGAGAUUGCCAAAUACUUGCCUGGAAGGACUGAUAAUGCUAUCAAGAACCAUUGGAACUCUACCAUGAGGAGAAAAUAUGAAGAAGAAGAGCAGAAGAAGAGAGGCAACCCAUACACCCCUAGCACCUCCAGUAUGCAGGGAUUACAGCCAGUGCGACUGUUUCAGAGCACACCAGUUUAUCAAUCACCAAGUGGAAUACAGAAUUAUGGGGGUAGCUUAAUUAUUAACCCUACUGCACAGGGGUUUACUGACCAAACUCAAAAUCAAGGAGGAGUUUCCAAAAUGUGCCAUAUCAGUCAAGUCAAAUCUAUUUCCCCACUUUCACCCCAGAAAUGGGCUGAUGCUGGUUUCCUAUCUCCUUUGAAGGGAAUCCCUGACUUGGUCGACCAGAUGACAGACUCCAAUUCAUUUGGUGACAUGACUACUUUUGAUUUCCUGACUGGUACUGAAAUAGCUACUGGAGUCACACCUAUUAAAUUUACUGGCCUUAACAAAAAAGGAUCCACAAAUUACAGGUUUGAUGGCCAUGAUGUUGCAUCUUUAGAAGGUGGCCUUAUCUCCAUUACCUCUCCAAUUGCCUCCAAGUUCAGCACCCCUCCCAUUUUACGCAGGAGUAAGAGGAGAAAGCAGAAGCGCACAGCAAAGAAGGAAUCUAGGUCAAUUUCUGCUCCCACAGGCAUGGAGAAGACAGAAGUUCAGAUAAAGGCUGAACCCCAAGAAGUAGUGGUAGAAAACAAAACAGAAAAGACAGAAAAUUGUCAUAAUCUGACACCCAUUGUAAAAAGUGAACCUAAGACACCCAAGAAAUCUGGCACGCCUAUUAAGGCCUUACCUUUCUCACCUUCUCAGUUCUUCAAUAGCCCUGAUGGUGUCCCUGGGAGGAAGUUGACGUCCACUCCAGUGUGUGCAGCCCCGAGGAACUCCACUCCAGUCCACCUUAGUGCACCUCCUGAUAUGUGCAUUAAGACUGAACAUGGGACAGAAAGGGAAAGCACAAAGGUGGCUGUUUUCAGAACCCCACGUACCAGAAGGGCCCUGCUUGAUGUGGCUCCCAGGACUCCCACUCCUUUUAAAAAUGCUCUAGCAGAAAUUGAGAGGACUAGUGGACCAAUUACAAUGCUGACUCCUGAAACACCUUCCCAUUUGGUGGCAGAUCUCAAUGAGGUGAUUAAGAAAGACACAGGUUCUUCUUCCUAUGAGACUGAUGUGUCUGCCUUCCGUGGUGACCGUCACAAGAGGAAAACUGAGAAAGAGAAUGAAUCUCCCACUAAGAAGGCUAGAAAGUCUUUGGAGCAAAAAUGGUCCACUCCUGGCGAGGUACCCCUAGGACCAACUGAAGAGGAUCUUCUCAUAAUGCCUGAAACACCGAGCAAGUCUCUGAUAGGAGACCACAGUAUCAUCUUUUCACCCCCAUCCAUUUUGAAGGAGACCUUCAUGGACCCGCUCAAUGAUGCUUUUGCUCUACCCACGUCUCCAGCUCCAGCAACCAAGACCAAGCGUAAGCCUCCCCGCAUUCGCUUUGAUGUUACCCCAAAGAAAAUGAUUGGCAAGAUGGACACUGCCUGGGAAAGGGUUGCUUGUGGCAAGACACAAGAUCAACUAGACCUGACAGCCAAAGCCAAGAUGUUGUUAAAUGUUGCCAUUAUUAAGCCAAGGUCAUUGAAAUUAUGAAGAUUUGGGUUAUGUAUUAUUUUGUCAAGCAGCAUGUCUAACAUGUAACUUUUCUAAAGAGAUCACUGAGCAAAGCCUUGUUUAGCAUAAGACAAAUAUCUGAAACAAGAAUGAUCUCAUCAGAUACGCCGGUUCAUGCUUGCAUUAAUUCAUUAACUUUAUAACUGCAGAGGUUUACUUAAUUGUAAAAAGUAAAAGCUUAUAGAUUUUGAUUUAUAUUUCAAAGCAUUGAAAACUUGUGCUCAUAUGAUGUGUCAGCUUGAUUGAACCACUGAUGUGUAACAGGAGGGGGGUAUGUGACAAAUACAGGCAUGUAAAAUAAUGUACAUAUAUGUGUACCUGAGUAACUUGUAAAGGACAAAUAGGAAAAAGUUCAUACACCAUUUGUAAAUGUUUCACACAGCAUCCAUGUGAUAACAUGUCAAGAUUUAAGUGCAAAUGUUUUAUAUGUAAAUCAGUGAUUCAGCUGGGAGUAAAUUUGAAUGACCCCGGUGCUUAUUUAUUGUCAUAUCAUAUAUAAGAAAGGGAGAAAGAAAUAGCAUUCAUUACCAUUAGACAUACACACUGUGGUAGUAUCAUAGCAUAACAUGUUACUUGCCAAUCUAUGGCUGCAUUCGUGACAGUGGACUAACUCGUCUGAGGGCCAAAUAUGGCAACCGACUAAAAAGCUUGCCAACUAAUCUGCUAAUGGACACUGAAUCGAUUCCCUGUGUGGAAGUAUUCAAGUGGGUCGGCCAUAUUUGACCUGUGGAUUAAUAAGUCCGCUGUUCUGAAUGCCGUCUAUGCAAACUCUACAAUUCUACCAGCCAAAAAAAGUUUAAAUUCUAGAAGUUUUGCACAUUGUCAUGAUCUUGAUAUUGGGGUAUUGUUUUAAAAUACCAAUGCAAAUUUUCACCAGUUGACAAUAGAUGGAGUGUCAAUUGGUACAUCAUGAUGAAUUGAAAAUUAUGUAACACCACCCUAUUAAAACACUUAAGUUAUAUAUACUGAUACUACCCUAUCUUAAAGGUGUCUACAGUGAUCUGACCUAUAUUAAAUGCUGCAAACGCUAUGACAUUGUCCUGUGUUAGACCACUUCAUUGUAAACUCGUAUGCUCUUCCACAUCAUGAUAUUUUCAUCUCUGUCACACUGGUCUAUUUUUAUUGUAUUAUUUUUGAAGCAUAAGGAGGAUUUUUUUUUUUAUUUGUUUGUUUGAAAAUCAUUUCUUUGAGUGAAGUGCCUUUUCAUUUGUAAAUAUUUUUAUCUUUCUAACAUUUGCAGGCAUGACAUUGAAAAGUGAUUAUGAUAGUUAACACUUGUAGAUACAUUUUCACAUGUAAAUAAACAUCAAGAGGGGCUGGUUAGAUAACAAAUGCAUGCUAACAAAAAAAAACAUUUCCAUAUCUCAAAAAAAAUUAUAAAUCCUGAAAAUGGUUGUAGACUAUUGUUACUUUUAAAUAAAUUGAAAAAAAGAAAAUUAGUAAUAUAUACAUAAAUGUGCAUUUUUAAGUUCACUAUGCAGAGGUACAUUUUUUUCUCUCCAUGUGCAUCUUUGUUGAAAAUGAUUGUUGUCUUAGUGAGUAAUUAGAGUUGUUGUUUGUUUAGUAAAUGUAAUUUAUUUCCUUUAAUGUACAUAUUAUCACAGUGUGUGCUGUCCCUGCAGAUAUGGAGACCAACCAAAGUCUUGGGAUAUAAUUUUGGAUAAUUAGUGCGUGCAUUCAUUGUGGUUGUUACAGGUCUUGAAUUCUACUGCGAAGUGCUUGUGUCUGCCUAAUUUAUACUAAUUAAAGAUAUUCUAAAUCUAUUUGUGUGUGCAAAAUGAGGUUUUUGCAAAAUCAGGAUUGUUUUCUUUAAAUAAUUUGGUUAUCCAUCUUUUACUGUAAUAUUUGUUGUGUAAAGCAGAUAGUGCCUCUUCAGCUAUGGUAUAUGAUAAAGAUUGGAUUUCAACAGCAAAUAAAACUUGCAUGUGA